CAGAUAAGGAGCAGAGGUAAAGAAUAGAACAAAGAAAAAGAAUGAAAGGGCUGGGAACAACAGUGGUGAUGGUGGUGAUAGAGUGCCUGGAUGUUCUAUUGCACACCUUAACCAAAUCUGCUAUAAACACUGGGAUGAGUGAAUUUGUCUAUGUUUUUUGCUCCAACGCCCUCUGUUUCUUCUUCCUCCUUAUUUGUUCCUUCUUCUAUUACAGAAUGUGGACUUACUUAACACUCACGUACCUCGUCAUCGGCAAAAUGUUUCUGGUUGGCUUGCUCGUCAUCGGCAAAAUGUUUCUGGUUGGCUUGCUCAGUUGUACUUCUCAGAUACUAAAGCAUGUUAGAACAGACCUCAGCUGUCCCACUUUGGCAACAGCAAUAUCUGAUCUCACACCAGCUUUUGCCUUCAUCAUUCCUAUCAUUUGGAGGAAGAAAGAUUUAGACUUGACAAAGAAGAGUAGUCAAGCAAAGAGUCUUGGCACCAUAAUUUCAAUAGCAGGGGCAUUAAUUGUAACUUUAUAUGGCGUACGUCUUACAAGUGCUUCUCCUCUGCCUGGGAAAUUCCUCGAUCAGCUUCUUUUCUCAGUUCAAUCUAAAUGGGUUAUUGCGGGUUUUAUACUUUUAUUGCAGAGCUUUUUCCAUGCACUUACUUUUGUAGUACAGAGUUCGGUUAUGAGGGAGUACUCUGAAGAGCUAAUUGCAACCCUGACGGACUACCCUGCGGAGUACCCUGCAGAGCUAUUUGCAACCAUGAGGGAGUACCCUGCAGAGCUAAUUGCAACCCUGAGUGCGUACCCUGCAGAGCUGAUUGCAACCAUGAGAAAGUACCUUGCAGAGCUAAUUGCAACCCUGUUUUGUUGUAUCUCUAUGACCAUAAUAUCUGCAAUAGUAGCUCUGAUUGCUGAGAGAUCAAACCCAGAUGCUUGGCAAAUCAAGUCCAAUAUAGAGCUUAUUGCGAUUGGGUUUAAUGCAUUUGGAAAAGCUGUUCAUUUAUCGGCGGUCCGCAAGAAGGGCCCCAUAUAUCGUGCCGCGUUUAAACCACUUAGACCUGUCAUUGCAUUCAUCUUUGGGAUUAUUUUUCAAGGGGAAACCAUCUAUCUUGGAAGGGUGAUUGGAGGAGCCAUUGCAAGUGGAGGAGUUUUCGCCGUCGUGAUUUGGGGUAAAGCCCAAGAAGAUGAGGAGGACAUGGGUAAAGCCCAAGAAGAUGAGGAGGACAUGGGUAAAGCCCAAGAAGAUGAGGAGGACAUGCAUCAAAGACGUCCAAAACCAGCCUCAUAUUCUCGUAAAAGACAAUCGUCACCUGGUACAACUACUUUGCAUGAGCGACUAUUAAGUUUGAAAUACGAAUAUGAUUCAUACAAGUAACAAAGUGAAGAACGGAUGUCAAUUUUAAAAUAAGAAUAUGACUCAUAUAGGCAACAAAAUGAAAAACGGAUGUCAAAAUAUGAAGAAGAUAUGAGCCAAAUGAGAGAGUUUAUAUGACAAAUUAUGGUACAGAACUCUUGCUCUGAUGAUGGUACAUCUUUUUGUUUUCCUCCAUCACCUCCACCUCCUCCAUCAGUUGCUUGUUGACAUUUUUUUUUUUAAUUUUAUUGUAGUAGCUUUUGGAUUUUAUUAACGUGUAUGUUCAUAUUAUUUGUGAAUUAUCUCUUUCAUUCACUUACUUUUGUACAAUAUGAAUAUUUGUAUAAUA